GGGCACUCGUCAUCACCGUCAUCGCCGUCACCACUCUCGUAAAAUCACACACCACACUGCCCCACGACCCUGACCCCUCACUACACAUUCUCUAUCCGCCCCUAGUAGCCAGUGUGCGAGCCAGUGUCCACCAUGGCUGACAGCAUGUGCGGUCCCUCCAAUGCUAUGAAAGGCCUAGCCCAGCACCUCGAUCGGGACCGAGCUCUGCACCAGGAUCGGGUUACCAGCGCCAACUCCAGCAGUGUUGACGGCAUCCAACAAGGUUUCCGAUCCCUCGGCUUGGGCUUCAAUGCCGCAAACCAGCAGUUCUCUGCAUUCCAGGGCGGCCAUGCCUCACUUAAUACCCACCAGCCUGGCCCAUCCCUUCCCCUGGCAUCUGCUCCCUACGCCGCACAAGGUCCUCAUUAUAGCCAGGUCCCGUCUUUCUACAAACCUGGCAUACCUACAGCUGCGACCGAGGGCCAAAACUGGGCUGCCGACUUCCACCAGAUGAACCUAGGCGGCCCCGCCAGCCAGAUCCAACCUGGCGUAGGAGGACCAGGCGUCGUCCACCCCUUCGCGAGCGGCGUCCGCACUGCUGGCCCAUUCAUGCCUAGCCAGAUGCACCUAGCUCCUCGCAAUCCGAUCUACACCCCUCCCUCAUUCGCCUCCCCACAAGCACAAGUCGAUAUCUCCGCGGUCCACCAGGCCGCUCAGCUGCCCCUGGAUUUCAACUCUGAUUUCGACUUCGAGGCCGAGAUGCGCGCUUGGAUGAGCAUUAACGGUUCGGCGGCCGAGGCUGCCGAGACGGACGCGCAGUCCGAACGCUACGCCGAGGCUGAAGUCGAGGCCCUGCGCGUCGCCACUGCCGAGCUUGCCGAGCAAGACCUCGCCGAGCAGGACGCGGCUCUCGCCGCAGAGGAGGCAGAGGAGGCUUUGGCCGCCGCCGAGGAGCAGGCCGCCGUCCGAGACGAGCCCGACGACUCGGAGCUGGCGCUGGCGGCCCAGCAGAUCCUCGACUCCGUCGCGGACAAUCAGACGGACAAGUUCAAGAACUCCACCUUCGUCCAGAUGAUGCGCAACAUUGCCGAGCGCAAGCUCGUCGUCCGCGACAACGCCCUCGUCGACUCGGCGCCCGCGCCCACCUCGUCCGGGGACGGAUUCGCCGCCGCCGGCCACGCCUCCGCCAAACUCGCGCACGUCGAGGACGCCGAGUCGCCGUAGACCUCGGUCGGGCCGGGACCUGGAACACUUUUUUCUUCUCCGCACACGCAGCCCGGACGGACCGGUGCGGGGACACCUCGCUACGGGCGGUCGACGGCGGCGGCGGCGGCGGCGGCACACAUGUCGCCUCCGGACGCACCCCUCUACCCACCGACUGUUACCUAUCAUCAUUACCUAUUGCUGCGCACGUAAGCGGCCGACGCCUCUUCGAGCCUUAACCUUGCUCCCUCGCCUCGCUCCUCACAAUCGCUACUAUCAUCAGCACGACGCGUCAGGGACACGUGUUGCGCGUCCCGCAAU